AUCCUCACACUGCUGCGGUUCUCCUUCGACCCGCAGACCAUGAAGAGGCGGAAGAUCCUGGACAAUGUCUCCAUCCCUGUGGUGCUUAAACUGCCCAUCCUCGUCAGCUCAGAGGAAACUGAGGACAUUUGCUGGCAUGGGAAGGACAGGGCUGACCUGGGCAGCACCUUCAUGCCCGCCGUGUACGAUCUCUGCAGCGUGGUGGUGCAUUCAGGCAUCUCCUCUGAGAGUGGCCACUACUACUGCUACUCCAGAGAGUGCACUGAUACCGGGCCCCAGGCACCGCCCCGGGAUGGGACACCAAAACGGGCUUCAGACAAGCAGUUGGACUUUGAAAUCCCAUGGUAUCUGUUCAAUGACACCAGGGUUUCCUUCUCCUCCUUUGAAUCAGUCAGCAAUGUGACUUCUUUCUUCCCCAAGGACACUGCCUACGUGCUAUUCUACAGGCAGAGGGGGGGCAGGCCAAGCUCCCCAGUUCAUGAGGCUGUGGCAGAAGCCAGCCACCUGCACAGCGAACUCUCCCUCAAUAAGGACUUGAUGGAAGCCAUCUCCAAGGAC